AAUCUUAAUCUAGUUUGUGAGUAAAAUAACUCGUAUAAAUUACUAAUGUUCACAAAAAUAUAAACAAAAUGAAGUGUGAAUAGAUAGUUGAUGUUGAAACAUUAUCAUAAAAUAUUUUUCAUGAGUUUUUUUAUCUUCUUCACUAUAUAAAUCUUAUAAAUGGCCACUGUCUUAGAAGUUCUUAUUCAGGCUUCUGAAAAGGCUGCUGCUAUCGCGAGAUCGUGUUGUUCUGACGGUAAUGAACUUCUAGUGGCUGAAAAAUAUGACGGUGAUGCGAACACCCGCUUCGACAAAGAUUUCAAGACCAUAGCUGAUGUUUUAGCGCAAGAAUCCGCUAAAACUGAAAUAGCUACUCGCUACCCAGAGUUAGCUAAACAUGUAAGAGGUGAAGAAUGCUCAGAGAUUGGUGGAGUUUGUAUCAAACUCGAAGAAAAUGCCGAAAAAACAUCGGAACUGCUAAGUGAACUCAUACCCUUGAAAGCAGCCAUAAGAAUGGCUUCAGCUGCUCAUAAUCAUGUGAACUUAUCAUUAGAAGACUUACCUGACGAUUUGCCGUCAAUAGACAUCACAGAUCUGGGUGUUUGGAUUGAUCCAAUUGAUGCCACUGCAGAGUUCAUUUCUGGUAUCCAUGGAAAAGCUGAUAAAGACCAUGGUUUGCCAUGUGUGACUGUCCUCAUAGGAGCCUAUAAGAGAUCCAGUGGGGAGCCGGUCAUUGGAGUUAUUAAUCAACCAUUUUUCAAGAGUAAUCAGGGACGCAUUAUAUGGGGUGUAAGUUAUGAAAACUAUAAAGCUUGGGGAUGCAGUGAAAAAGAGAUCCAUACUAACUCAAAUACGGUAUUGAUGAGUGGAGCAGAAAAUGCAGAUAUCAUUGAGAAGGUGAAAAAAUCUGGAUGGCAAGUAAUGUCUGUCCCUGGUGCUGGAAACAAGCUUAUGAAAGUAGCCCUUGGUGAAGCGGCAAUGUAUAUUGUUUCAAAGGGAACAACUUUCAGAUGGGAUACCUGUGCUCCGCACGCUAUACUCAAAUCAAAGGGUGGGGAUUUAGUGACAUUCAACAACCAUGCUCCAAUCACAUAUAAUGCACCAGAGAGUGACAACACACAGACAUUCUGUAACUCUGAUGGACUGAUUGCAUAUAGUAAUCCAGAUUAUUUUGAAAAGUUUUUGGUAUAAUUUGUUUCUCAUCUUAAAAAAUAUUUUUGUACCUGAAUUGCAUGAUCUCAAUAUUGUAGUUGUUGUGCCAAGUGCCCUUUAAUUCUAGUUCAUAAGUUAUAAAUGUAUAUUUAACAUAAUCUUAAUAUAUAUUAUACUUUCAAGAAUUUAAAGUUAUAUUUAAAUAUUAUGAAAUUAUUUUAUUGGUGUUUAUCAAAUCAUGUAUCAAGUUUUGAUUAAUCUUUACUAUUUAAUACAUAUUGUUCUAUUUGAUGUACUAUUCUAGUAGUUUAAACAUUUUUUUCUUAAUGUCUCAUAUUUAUCAUUUGUUUUACUAAAAUGAAUAAAUAAUAAAACAUGUUAUAAAAUUUAUGUUUAUGUAUUUAUUCAAUCAAUAAAAUAACCUAAUCAGAGGAGUCAGAGUCUGAACUUCUGCUUUUCUUUUUUUUCUUCUUUUUACUUUUCUUCUCCUUUUUCCUUUUUCUAUCUUUGGUUUUUUCUUUAAUCUCAA